ACUGUAUAUACAAUCUGGGUCAGCUGCAGCUGGUUACUGAAUUUCUCCAUGUGGCAGACAGAGCAAAGCCACAAUGCUUUCUCUGCUGGAUUAAAGACAGCCCGCAGACCAGGAACUUCCACUAUACUACUUAAAAUUACAUAGGUGGCUUGUCAAAUUCAAUUGAUUUGUGCUGUAAGAAGAAAAAGAAGUUCCUUAGUACAGCUUGGAUUCAACGGUCCAAAACAAAAAUGCAGUUGCCAUUAAAGUCACAGACGAACAAACUUCACUGAUUUUUAAAAGCAAGAGUAAGAGCAGCAAGUCUCUGGGUUUGCUUUAUCAACAGAUGCAAAAGACGUCAUAUAACCUCGUUUCAAAAUGAAGGCUUUUAUCUGGACCCUAAGUGUGCUAUUCUUCCUACUAAUGGGCAUUGGACAUUGCAGAGGAGGACAGUUGAAAAUAAAAAAAAUAACCCAGAGGAGAUACCCUCGUGCCACAGAUGGUAAAGAGGAAGCAAAGAAAUGUUCAUACACGUUCCUGGUACCUGAACAAAAAAUAACAGGGCCAAUAUGUGUCAAUACCAAAGGGCAAGAUGCAGGUACCAUUAAAGACAUGAUCACCAGGAUGGACCUUGAAAACCUGAAGGACGUGCUCUCCAGGCAGAAGCGGGAGAUAGAUGUCCUGCAAUUGGUGGUGGAUGUAGAUGGAAACAUUGUCAAUGAGGUAAAGCUGCUGAGAAAAGAAAGCCGUAACAUGAACUCUCGUGUUACUCAACUCUAUAUGCAACUAUUACAUGAGAUUAUCCGUAAGAGGGAUAAUUCACUCGAACUUUCCCAGUUGGAAAAUAAAAUCCUCAAUGUCACCACAGAAAUGUUGAAGAUGGCAACAAGGUACAGGGAACUAGAGCUGAAAUAUGCUUCCCUGACUGAUCUUGUCAAUAACCAGUCUGUGAUGAUCACUUUGUUGGAAGAACAGUGCUUGAGGAUAUUUUCCCGACAAGACCCCCAUGUGUCUCCUCCUCUCGUCCAGGUAGUGCCACAGCACAUUCCUAACAGUUAUCAGUAUACUCCUGGUCUGCUGGGAGGCAAUGAGAUACAGAGGGAUCCAGGUUACCCCAGAGAUUUAAUGCCACCACCUGAUCUGGCAACUUCUCCCACCAAAAGCCCUUUCAAGAUACCACCGGUUACGUUCAUCAAUGAAGGACCAUUCAAAGACUGUCAGCAUGCAAAAGAAGCUGGACAUUCAGUCAGUGGGAUUUAUAUGAUCAAACCUGAAAACAGCAAUGGACCAAUGCAGUUAUGGUGUGAGAACAGUUUGGAUCCUGGGGGUUGGACUGUUAUUCAGAAAAGAACAGAUGGCUCUGUCAACUUCUUCAGAAAUUGGGAAAAUUAUAAGAAAGGAUUUGGAAACAUAGAUGGAGAAUAUUGGCUUGGACUGCAAAAUAUCUAUAUGCUUAGCAAUCAAGAUAAUUAUAAGUUGUUGAUUGAAUUAGAAGACUGGAGUGAUAAAAAAGUCUAUGCAGAAUAUAGCAGCUUUCGCCUGGAACCUGAAAGUGAAUUCUAUAGACUGCGCCUGGGAACUUACCAGGGGAAUGCUGGGGAUUCUAUGAUGUGGCAUAAUGGUAAACAGUUCACCACACUGGACAGAGAUAAAGAUAUGUAUACAGGAAACUGCGCCCACUUUCAUAAAGGAGGAUGGUGGUACAAUGCCUGUGCACACUCUAACCUAAAUGGAGUAUGGUACAGAGGAGGCCAUUACAGAAGCAAGUACCAAGACGGAAUAUUUUGGGCUGAAUACCGAGGUGGCUCAUACUCCUUGAGAGCAGCUCAGAUGAUGAUCAAGCCUAUUGACUGAAGGGAGACAGUCUCCAAUUUAAAUGACAUAGAACUCUAUUUUUCAGUUCCUAAAAAUGUAAAUGUUACAUGUAUAUUAUUUUGCACAAUUCAUUUCUACAGAUAUAGUUUUUUAAAUGAAUUUUACUACAACUAUAAAAGGGGAUUUAUGAAUGUAGUCUCAUCUUCCCUUAAUAUACUGCAGAUUAUUUGUAUCUAUAAUCCAAGUUAUUUUAAAAAUAUUAUUGACUAAUUACAGGCAAAGUUUGUUCUCUAAAAUGUAAAUAUUUGCCACAAUGUAAAACAAAUUUUAGCUUUAUUUUAAAUCAAAAUUCAAUCAUGUUCAAGAUCCUUAUCAAUUUAUUUAAAAACUUUAUGAAAAUGCUAUAACUUCCAAUGGAAAAAUAAUUUUAAGAUUUCAGCAAAAUAAUACAUUUUAUUUAUAAAAAUAUAGACAGGAAAUUAGAAGAAAACUCUAGUUUUGCCAACAUUCUACAUUGAAUAAAAGUUACUUCAAAGUGAAUUUGUGCCUUUCACAUGAAAUGAUUAAAUAUGAAUUCUUGACAAUAUAUUUUAUGUCAAUUUCCCAAAAGAAUUAAGAAACCCACAGUAUUAAAAUACGUAUCUUUAAAAACAAAAAAAUAAUGUAUGCCGUAUUUAAAUGGUCAAUUUAUAAAAACAGAAAUAUACAAAUGAAUUUUUCAAUAUUAUCUUCAUAUGAUUUGCUGAACAUCAAAAUCUCCUGAAAUCUAUUUUAUGUUGUUAUAUCAGUAAAGUGUUGAUAUUACAAAAGUGCAGAAUAUUUAGUGAGCCAAUGGUUUAAAGAACUGAAUUAUAACUCUAGGUUUAUUUAUUAAUACUUUUUCCUCCCUAAUUUACUGAUCUUUACUAUUUAGAAAAAACUUGUCUGCUAGUCAAGUCAGAAAGCUUGGACAGCUUUACAAGCAUUACUGCAUACUUACGGGUGAGACUAAAACAACUUCAAGAAACUGUUAGAUAUUUUUCCAAUACUGAGAUUCAACAGCUUCAGGAUGGAAUACACAGGGGUUUGGCUAGUCCAAACUGCCAAUUCCAGUGUGUGUGUGUGUGUACCUUUAACUCAUCUUUGCAACUAACAACUUUAUUACCAAUCUUCCAGAACAAUUUUCUUCUAGAAAUUAUGUUCUGCUUAGAGCUGACCUUCCCUUAAUUCAUUUGUGAACUAAAAAUUUUAGAGAAAUCUCUUGAGACUUUUGCUCAACCAAUCAAAACUGAAGAUAAUUAUCUGAACAACUCAAGUCCAUCAACACGACCAAUGUUUUUGCUCUGCCACAUCUCAAAAUAAAACUUCUGGUGAAAGAAGGUAAGAGAACAUCAAACCCUGAAACCCUGAUGUAAUUCUUUGUUUUACCUGUGGUCCUUUCGGGAUGGCUUUAAAGUCCCUCUCCACCACCCCCAGAACCAGAAAAAUCUGCUAUAAGAUUUCUGGGAGAAAUUAGGCAUCUAAUUGUUUCAUCAAAUCUUAACUGAAUAAAAUUUUACUAGGGCAUUCCAUUUAUUUGCAGAACUACAGCAUUUCACUUAAACAUCCAAAACCCUAUUAAAGACCAGUCUUAGAGAAUUUUCACAGAAGAGGAAUAUUAUUAAAGCUAGAAUCAUGUGAAAGUCAACAAACUAGAAAACUGUGCUGAAUGCUAACUGCCUUGGCCACAGGGUGCAUUGUGCUCUCCUUUAUAGAGGUGCUAUAGCUCUGCUCUGAAGUUCCUGGAAAGCUUAAGAAUGACUUAGGCAAGUGAGUUCCUUGAGAUCAAGGAAUAAGAAGCAGUAUUGGGCUUCCCUGGUGGCGCAGUGGGUGAGAGUCCGCCUGCCGAUGCAGGGGACACGAGUUCGUGCCCUGGUCCGGGAAGAUCCCACGUGCCGCGGAGCGGCUGGGCCCGUGAGCCAUGGCCUCUGAGCUUGCGUGUCCGGAGCCUAUGCUCCGCAACGGGAGAGGCCACAGCAGUGAGAGGCCCGCGUACCGCAAAGGAAAAAAAAAAAGAAGCAGUAUUAUGUCAUAGCUAAGCAUAGGUCCUGAAGGCAGAACUGCUUGGGUUUGUGACCCAAAUCUACCAGGUACAUGUGUUCCCUGGGGCAAUUUAUGUAUUCCUGCCUCAGUUUUGUUAUCUAUAAAAUGGAGAUAACAACAGUACCUAGCUCACGUAGUUACUGUGAAAAUCAAAGGAGGUAAUACAUGUGGUAAAACAUUUAGAAUAAUGCCUGACACUAGUAAGUACUCAGUAGCCUUUAAGUACCAGAUUACUACUGCUCAUCUAUGUACUUUCUGCAUUACCUAUCACGGUGCCUUGCAUAGAGUGAGUAAUAAAUGUACUAAAAGAAACAAUAUAUCCAAAUUUUCAGGUGCAAAAUUACACUGAUCCAUGAUCUUCAUUUGCAAACCUAACAGAGCUAUGUCAGCUGUUACAGCAGGUAGUUAAGAGAAUGGGCCGUAAGAAAAAUUAAGGUAAGAAUAGCUAUAGUAAGGGAUUUCAGCCUAAUGAGAAUCUUGUCAGAGAUUAGAUAAGUCACAUGUAUGGCAGGCAAGGUCCGAUAGCUAGCUACUUUACAGGUUACCAAGGAAUAAGGUAUGGUUGCCUGACAUUCAGUAGGAUUGAGCUAUAACCUUGCAGCUGGUUUAUAGAAGGAUUAUUUAUGCUUAGUUAUUUUUAAUAAAUGAAAUGAAGCUUAACCUAAAAAUGACUUAGACUCUAUUCUCCACUCAAUGGGAUACCAUCAAUGUCAAGGAAACUUGGCAUCUCUGAAGUAGACUUUUAAAACAUGAGAUAUUGGAUAAGGCCAAUAUUAGAAACCAUCCCGAAAUUUAGUAGAUAUGAACUAACAAGCUCAUCCUCAGGCUCCAAGCCUGGUUGAGUAUAAAGAUCAAAUUUUCAGUCUAAUAUUCACUUGACUCUAUGAGUCAUGAUACAGGAGUGCUAAUUCUUCUAGCAUUAUAUUUCUUAGGACUCCUACUGGUAAUAAUAUAAUAAGCCUGUAAAAACUUCCACAAUCAUGAAAAUGUUUCAAAUUACUUGUAAACCUUUACUAAUGUGAUAUGAUUUUUAUAUAUUUAAAUUAAUCAAUGGUAAGUUAAAAAUGAUUACAUCCUAACAAUUUUUUAGUCUUUUAUUUAGUGACUGAGAAAAUAAGAAAAGAAUGAUUCCACUUACGAUGAUGCCAUGACCCCUCCUCAAAAAGCCAUCUAAAAAUAAGCUCAGUUUUCAAUUUUAUCAGUGGGGUCAAUAGUUAUUACAUCGUAAUUCUAUAGAUAAUUACAGGAAAGACUGAAGAAUGAACUCAAAAUUAAAACUAAGGACAGAUUUCCAAAAUAUUAAUAUAAUUCCACAAUGCUUUCUUUGAACUAUAAAUGAAAUGGUUAUAAUGCAUAUCUUUAUAGCAAGUGAAUUUAACCUCCCUUGCCCCAGUUUCUCCACUUAUAAUAUAUGAAUAAUAUCAUGUAUCUUAUACAUUGUUGUUAAGAAUUAGAUAAUUUAUGUAAAGUAUACAGUGUUGGGCAUAGAGGAUUAAGUUGCAAAUAAAUGUUACUUAUUAAGAUUUUUAUUAUUAGUCUCCUGUUAAGGUUUGCUAAAAAAUUUACAAAAUACAUUACUGAAAUAUCAGCUGUUGGAAACACUACUGGCAAAGCUGCUGCAACUGGGGGAACCUGAUUCUGUUUAUGAUUAAAAUGCAGAUCUGUAUAGCUUCUACACAUGAUAUUUUUUAAAGAUACAAGGCCACUAAGAGAAAAACUAUGAAAAUGGGAAAGAAAUCAAUG